UUUUUUUUUUUUUGCUCCCCAUCCUCAACUCCAUCAAAAGUCCACAUCCAUCCUUUCCUCUUCAAAAGUGGCUGACAUAAUUGUGCAUCGCAUGAAUCUCAAUACGGCGGGGAGGGGGCUGCAGCAGCAACCACACGCCGGCUGAUUGAGGAGAUCUAACAUUAGUACGGACACCGCACUCUCAGGAGGCGAUUCACACGCAUCCUCAUGCACUGCAGCACGUCAGAGAGGUGUUGGUGAGGGGAGCAGAUGGAUCCCCACUUCUUCUCCUUCCUCUAAUGUCAUUUCCCUCCUCUCUGGCAGGGGGAGAGGAGGUGUGAUGCUCACUGAGAUGGCCUCAUUAGGACUCCAUCACACCCCUUUCAGAUGUCAACAAUCAUACAUACAGAUGCUGACUCAUUUGCCUCCACAAGGUCGUUUUAGUGUCCCCCCAUCAGCAGGGAUGCUUCAUUUGGAUUGCAAUGUUGCUAAUAAACGUUCAUUUCUUUCUUCUGCUAAACAUUUUUUUUUGCCUUUUUUUUUCCUCUCUCCCCGCAGACUCCUCCCUCCUCCUCCCUUCUCUUUCUCUCGUCCUCACCCUCCCUCCCGGUCCUCUAUGCUCAGUUCGGUGUGUGUAUCCUCUUUCAAAGGGCGCAAGGGUGGGAACAAGUCGUCCAACAAAGCAUGUUACAGCGCAGACAUGACUUGUCCGUCAGAAAGCGAGAAAAUUGUGAUAAACUGCGGGGGAGUGCGGCAUGAGACGUACCGGAGCACCCUCAAAACGCUGCCCGGUACCCGCUUGUCGUGGCUCACCGAGCCGGACGCCUUCAGCAACUUCGACUACGACCCCAAAUUAGACGAGUUCUUCUUCGACCGCCACCCGUCGGUCUUCUCCUUCAUCCUCAACUAUUACCGCACGGGGAAGUUGCACUGUCCCAACGACGUGUGCGGCCCCCUGUUCGAGGAGGAGCUGGCCUUCUGGGGCAUCGACGAGACGGACGUGGAGGCGUGCUGCUGGAUGAACUACCGGCAGCAUCGGGAUGCGGAGGAGGCGCUGGACAGCUUUGAGACGCCGGAGCCGGACGCGCCGGACGACGACCCGGCGCUGGGGGGCGCGGAUGGGGACUUGAAAAGACUGUGCAUGCAGGAGGACGCCAGGAGAGCAGGAUGGUGGAAAACCUGGCAACCCAGAAUAUGGGCGCUCUUUGAAGACCCGUAUUCAUCCAAAUACGCCCGGUAUGUGGCGUUUAUUUCCCUUUUCUUCAUCCUCAUCUCCAUCUCCACUUUCUGCAUGGAGACGCACGAGGCCUUCAACACCAUCUAUAACAAGACAGAAAACGUCACAAUAGGCAAUGUGACCCGCGAGGAGAUCGUGUACGAAGUAGUGACUGACAGCUGGUUGACGUACGUGGAGGGCGUGUGCGUCAUUUGGUUUACCAUUGAGGUGUUGCUGCGGGUCACCUUCUGUCCAGACAAGUUGGAAUUCUUCAAAAGUGCCCUCAACAUCAUCGACUUUGUUGCCAUCCUGCCCUUCUAUCUGGAGGUUGGCUUGAGCGGUCUGUCCUCUAAGGCUGCCAAGGAUGUCUUGGGGUUCCUCCGUGUCGUCCGGUUCGUCCGUAUCCUCAGAAUCUUCAAGCUCACACGGCAUUUUGUGGGUCUGCGAGUCCUUGGCCACACCCUCCGUGCCAGCACCAAUGAAUUCCUCCUGCUCAUCAUCUUCUUGGCCCUCGGCGUCCUCAUCUUCGCCACGAUGAUCUACUAUGCUGAGCGAAUCGGAGCAGACCCCGACGACCCAACAGCCAGCGCCCACACCAACUUCAAGAACAUCCCCAUUGGAUUUUGGUGGGCUGUUGUGACUAUGACCACUCUGGGUUACGGCGACAUGUACCCAGAGACGUGGUCAGGAAUGCUGGUGGGUGCGCUCUGUGCCUUGGCUGGUGUGCUGACCAUUGCCAUGCCUGUACCUGUCAUCGUUAACAACUUUGGCAUGUAUUACUCUCUGGCUAUGGCCAAGCAAAAGCUGCCCAAAAAGAAGAACAAACAUAUCCCUCGAGCGCCGCAACCAGGGUCUCCAAACUACUGCAAGCCAGAUGCCCUCGCCAUGGCAACAGCAUCCCCGCAGAGGAUCAUGGGUAAUGUCUUGGGUGGAAUGAUGGGGUCCGGAGGCAUUGGGGGUGACUGUCCUCUCGCCCAAGAAGAAAUCAUAGAGAUAAACAGAGAUUCCAAGCAGAACGGGGAUGCAGCCUCCGCCGCCUUGGCUAACGAAGACUGCCCCACCAUCGACCAGGUGCUGAGCCCAGACGAGAGGAGCCCUAUUGGGCGAGGGCCUACUCGGGAACGGUACCAGCAGGACAGAGCCUGCUUCCUACUCAACACCAGGGAAUUCCGUGCCACAGAUGGGAAUGUACGGAAAGGUUGUGUCAUAUCACGCGUGUCAACAGGCUAUGAAAAAUCUCGCAGUCUCAAUAACAUAUCUGGAAUGGCUGGAUCAUCUCUGCGACUCGCUCCCAUCACUAGCCCCCCCUUUGAGAACUACGAGACUCCGGGACAGUUACGCCGCUGUCGUUCCCCUAUCCCCUCCAUUUUGUAGUGAACUGGAUCGCCCUAACCCCAAAUUAGUCCUAAAAUCACCAAUUAUUGCAGAAGACAUCAUGCAAACACGAGAGCAAUAAGAAAAAAAUGAACCUAAUUGUGAAAUCUUGUUGUGCAAACUCUUCAGUUUGUGAUGCAUGCACUCGCUGUGCAGGUGGGGUAGCUUUAAAGACACAGAAGGAAAAUAUAUAGUUAAAAAUAUUUGAUUUGGUUGUAAAUAAUAGUAAAAAACAACAAUUUUAAUAGUAUGUUAUGUAGAUAGACAUCCAUAUCUAUGUUUUGGACCAAACUAUACAUCUCUACUAAGAGAAAAGACAUUCAUUUAGCCAAAGAAAACGUUUUUUUACAGAUUAAAUCAAGAGAUAGAUUUCCAUAUUCGCUUUAUCUUUAAUACUGCACAAAAAGCAGACAGCUUCUGUAGUAAUUCAUCACCGCAUAAUUUAAACAAAACAACGUCUAAAGCUUAAAAAAUAGAGACCAAAAGAAGUUGUGGUAUAAAAAGAAUACAAGAGUUACAUUCCUAAUAUGAUCCAUAUGUACUUGUUUUCAUUAGUGUGCAUUUAAAGGUCUAUUUAGUUGUUUUUUAGAAUGUGUUUUUCAGAUUCUCAUAAGAAAAUACUUUAAAAAAUACUUAAAACAUAAAGCUGCCACCUCUAUUUGACUUAGAGAACCAGUAGGAGGUCAAACUGGAAAAGUGCUGCAAUGCAUACUAUCAAUAGACUGUUAUUUAAGGCAUAUUUAAUGUACAGUGCAAUUUUUUUUAACCAUCAAAACCAACAUAGCACAUGCUGUAGCUUUGGGAAAAGGUUGGAUUUUUGCUUUGAGCAAUAAAAAGAAAAAAAAAAUCUAAAACUACCUAAAUUCAUAAAUAAGCAGAAAGUAUUCUAAAAAAAAGAAGGAAAAUAACCCACUAAUACUGUUAGCUGUACAGGAAAUGACCAUUAAAGUUUCAAAAUAAAACUCAACUUCUGGUUACAUUAGAGUAGUUUGGUGUACGAAAAACCUUAAAAGUGAUUUUUUCUUAAAACUGAAAUUCUAAUAAUUUCAGAGGUGUGGUCACCGUUACAUUUUCAUUUAAACAAUAAAAAAUAAACGCUGACAAUGGAACUAAAAGUCUCAUAAAGGUGAACAUAAAUAACUAAAAAGACCUUUAAAAAUGAAUUAGGACAGCCAUAACAUUUAUAAAUGUAAUAUUUUUGAAACAAAACUAAGUGGAACACAUUUAGAAAGCUUUCCAAAGUAAUAACUUUAAGAAUUAGAAACAUAAGUGUAUUAUUUAUUAUAAAGUUGAAAAAAGUACAAGCACUUUACUAAAAAUCAGUAUUAAUUAUUAACAUUUUGCAUGUAGGAGUAAGAUUUUUAAUAAAACGAGAGGACCAUUACAAACCUUCCACCUUUAAUCUAUGAAUUAUUUUCUUAAAAUAUUUAAUAUUAAUAAAAGAAGAAGAAAAUGUCAUAUAUAAAUUAAGAUUCUGCACAUAGAAGCAAAAAUAUGUACAAUUGCAUUCUUUAUUAUGUAAAAGUAAGUAUCCCUUAUAAACCAAGUUGUAGCAUUUACUUUUAUGAAUACAUAUAUCCCCUCACUUCCAACUUUUCCACGUCAAUAAACUCAAAAAGGAGCAAAAAAAAAAAAAAAGUCACAUUUACAUAUGCAAUAAACACAUACAAUCAUUUUAUGCUGGACUGCAUGUUGUGCACCCACAUUUAUAGAUAUACCAAUGCAUUUUUAAAGCAGAAAAACGCACACUACGAUCUUUGAUUCAGCUAUUCCAGGUGUGAUCAAAGCGUUACCACAAGAUCCAUUUGUCUUGUUCCUUUUUCAUGUUGUACCUGACAUAUUAAAAGCUUUUACUUUUGUAAAUCUUUUAUAUUUUCAUCACUGCUGUUUGUAUCAUGUGUUAAAAAAGAAAAAAACGGACUCUGUACCACUGAUUUUUUGUUCAAAAAUGGUGGGAGAUAUAAGCAUUUCAUUGAAACUGUUAACUUCAGGAGCAGAAAUGUGCAACUAUGAAGAAUCAGGUGGCAAUAUUAUGAUUUGGUACAAUCUUUAAGCUUGAUUGUCUAAAAUCCAUGUGCUUCCAAACACUUCUAUAUAAAUAUAUACACAUAUCUUUGUAAAUAUGCAGUAAGAAAAAAAAUGGACUUUGACGUUUGUUUAAAUCUUUAAGUUGAAUUGUUCCAAAAUGUAGCAUCAGUUUAUUGAAGCCCGUUUGUCAUAUUUUUAGAUAAAAUGUUCUAAAUGUUUAGUUGUUUUACAGUUGUAAUGUGAAAGAAAUGAGAUUUGUCUGAAAAAACUGUGUAUCAGCACGUAGAGCUUUUCUUUUUUUUAAUGAUUUUUAUGUGAAAAAUUGUGUUAAGUUUAACCUAAAAACACACUUUUUUAAUGGUCAUGUAAUAAGUCAUUUGUGAUAAGUUUGCUUAUAUUUUGUUAUCACCAUCGCUCUUAAGGAAAAACCUGCAAACGCACAUUUAUUGCCCCCUAAUCAUGAAAUGAUUCCACAAUGUGGAUUUUUGCCGAAACCUUAGAAUGUCGAUUUUUUUUUUGUACUUUAAAGAAAAGUAUGCAAACUUUUACUGCGAAAGGAAAAGAAAAUCAACACAAUCUCACACCUAGCUUUCAUUACAAUCUGUAUUUGAUUUGUGUUGUCUAAAAAAACUGACAAGAAGAGUGUCAUAACUGUGUUUAGAUGUAAUCUUGAUCACAUAGUUGUGGCCAAAAUAAAUGAAUAUUCUUGUUAAUAAAUCAUAAAAAGGCAUUUGUUGCCUCUAUGAGGCCUCUGUAGGCUGUGAUGUCAUUCAGGGUACAACCCAGCUAGAUUUAACUAGCUAUGUCUUUGAAGCACUGCAUAAUAGAUCAGUGUCAUUAUGUACACAUCUGUAUUUACAAAAACAUUAAAGUUAUAUGGAAUGAAGUUUAUAGCUUGUGUGUUAAGCUUAAUGAUCUAAAAUGUAUUUUAGAUGGCAUUUAUGUUUAAGGUUUUUGUGUGUUUUGUUUCUAUGGCCCGAUCCGAAUACUCCCCUUCUCACUUCCCCUUAGCCCUACCCCUUGAUUUGAAGUGGCAGUUGAAGUCAAAGUUGUGUCCGGAAUUAUUAUUUUUUACGCUCCACACUCCGAACAGAGGGGUCCAAAGUCCGCUAUCGCGAGAGUAAACCGCGCCGCGCUACGAAGCGCUUUUCUUAACUUUGGUACGCUCUGAACCACAGAUGUUUACAUUUAAACGUAAGUAAUAACUUUAUGUUACAGUGUGACCUUUGUAAAUUUACAAAACUGCUGUUGUAAUGUAUAUUCGAGCGCUGGAAGCUCCGCGCUAACGCUAGCUUACCGGUGAUUUGGAUGACGUCACUGAACGAAACUCACGUCGGAAAUAUUUUUUACCACCCUCAGUUUGGAGCAAGCACGGAGGGAUAAACGAAGGCGGAGGGCUAAAGGGGAGUGAGAGGGGAUAGUAUUCGGAUCGGGCCUAUAGUAAGGAUAUACAGUAGUAUUGCAACAAUAUUCACCAAGUAGCCGAAAAUGGAUGUAAACAAUUCUGCUGUUAAAUCUCAACUUUAAUGUUUUCUUCUUUUGAUCAUGGUGAUUUUUAAGAGUAUUUAGUUCUGCAUUAAAUUGUCAUUUUUUUAAUUUGAAUUUAUCUUAAAGGGUCUUUAUUUGAUGAAUAAUUAUUCUAUUGUUAAAAUUCUUUAAAAAAUUUAACAUGCUAAAAAGCUGAUGAGAACCAGCUGUGGGGCUCCUGGGAGUGACAGAAGGGGCUGAUGGGAAGUGAAGUUUUAGAAAAUCAGGAAGAUUCAGAGUUUUUUUUAAUAGUAAACUGGUUUCAAAGAUGUGGUUUAAAAAAUGAAAAUUCACAUUUUUUUGUCCAAACUAAUACAGCUUUUUUGAAUAAGUGUCUCCUUUACUUAUAUUUAGAUAAACCUUUUCUAUAGCCUAAACUAAUUCUAUAAAAAAGCCAAUAAGAUUCAAACUUUUCUAGUGUAUGGAAUGACCACUAUUGUGGCGCUGCGCAGAAUUUCACCUAUUUCCUCACAAAUUAGUUCACUUGUUGCAUCAACACAUUUGCUUGUUCUUUAAAGGGGAGCAAACAAGAACAAAUGUUACAUAAAAAGUGUUUAAAUCCACACGUCUCUUUUAUUUUUAUUUAUUUUGUUGAAACGAAGGACUCAGGACAGACAAUCAUCUCUGCAGAGAAGGAAGGAAGAACAAGAUGAAGAACACGCUGGAAAUCAUAAUAUGUCUGCAAAUGAAUCACUGAAUAUUUGAAGAUAUUAUAUCAUACAAUACGGGAACUAUUUUUGCAUAUUAAAUAGCAAAAAAAUUGUUAACUAUCAGAAAAAAUGUCUUGAAAAUGUUUGCACAUGUCCAGGUAACUUUGUGAAUAGAGGUCAGCCCGCUGGGAUUUUAUUGCACAAUUUCAAUGUUGUUUUGCUAUUUACUUGCAGUACAUGCUAACAUUUUGUGUGAACAUUUAUAGUGUUCUUUUAGUAAUUGUUUAAACUUGUGCACUUUAUUCUGACACAGUUUAACCUGCAGUUCACAGUGUUAAGUUUCUAGCAUUCGCCUUCUCUCAUAUGAGGAGUCAGUAACCAGUAGACAAAAUUGCAGUGGGAGCCACCUAAGCAGCCGCAUGUCACGGAUGGACAGUUUAAAGGAGAUCUUUGGGGUGACAAGAGAGACCAGAGGUUAAUCUUGAGUUAAAAUAUAUAAAUAUAACAUGGUCUGCUCCUUACAAAGCUACCAAAACAGGCUCUUGGAUUUCCAUCCACACUCCCUCCAACUGACUCUUUUUUUUCUUCUCAACGUCCUUUUUUUUUUCCUGCAAACAUACUGAGCACUGACACACUUUUGAAGAGGAAAGGACUCUUAAUUACACAUUCCAGAUGGCAUUUCUCUUGUUAUAAAACCCAUCUUGAGCAACUCGGCGCUGACGAGCAGCUGAGUCCCUCCAUGAGUUUCUGGAAAAAAAAAACAAAAAAACAAUCGUCUUCAACUGGAUUGCUUGAACAAUGUAGCAUCUCUGCUAACAUAUUGUAGCAUCUGUUGAGUGGAUUCAAUCCAUCAACAGCUCACACACUGAGGAAUUUAUGCAUUCAAGGGAUCUUCUAGAUGUCAUUUUCCUCUUGGGUUGCUUUCCAGUGAAGAAAAAAAAAAAAAAGCGGGUACAUGAGAGUCAAAGGAUGGGCCUUAUUCAUGAAAUGACAUCCCAUAAAUGCACAACGAUCAAUCACACUGUAUUGAACAGCACCCUCAAACGUCAAAGUUAGCACUUGUAUAGAACCUGUGUCUUCCAUUAGCUUCAAUGAGAUUGAAACACUGCCCUCCUCACCUGUGGUAAUGAAGCACAUGUAGCAUCAGCUCAAAUCGUGGAUGAAAAAGGCGCAUUGUUACCUCUCAUGUGCUCAUGUAGACUUGCACGAAAAUCUAAGUGGGAUACCAAAGGUCCUAUGGCAUGCACUUGCUGAACGGCCACCUGUAUUGUAUAGUAGAUCGGGAGAAAUAGUCGAUGCAGAGAGGACAGAAGCCUCAUUGUUAAACUGACCAUUGUCCCUCUGUUCUUUAACUGCCACUCAUCCUACAUCUGGAUGCACAUAUGCACAUUUUCUUAUCAGACUGACAAAAGAAACGUCAGUCCGUUAUGCUAGCCUGCCUAAUUUAACUAAAGUCUCCCACACAAGUGUGUAUAAUCAAGGACUGGUUGUUUCAGCUCCUGUCUUAUUUUGAAAGGGACCAAUCGGACGAGUAUGUCUCCCAACGUAAAGAUCAGCACUGCCAACGCGGCACAAUAUUCUCCAGACGCAUACUGCCCUGUCUCUCUCUUGUCCCUCUUGCUAUCAACAACUGCUUCACUGGAAGUCAGUGUCCAGAUAAAGAUUAGCAAAAAGCCUUUUAGGCAAAAGGGUAAAACUGAGAGGAAAUGGACCAAGAGUAGAGUGAGCAUGGACGUGUACAAAGAGAACAAAUCUAUAUUUUGAUAAACAAUUCUACAGCUCUUCAUGACGUCAAAGGAUGGAAAGGUCCGGAAAAGCAGGAAAAAAAAGAAAGAAAGUCCAAAUGUGAAAAGAAUAUUUGCAUUUGUGAAAUGGAGUCCCAGAAAAAAAAAAAAAAGGAUCCAAACAAAUAUUCCUCAUGAGGGGUGUGCAACAUUUUUACCCCAGAAGCGCUGGGAAACGUCUCUUUUUUUCGUCUUUUGUUUCUUUUAUUUUUAUUAUUUUGGACAAACAUUGAGCAAAGACUGAGUCUUUCUUGCACAGACAUGGGGAAGACAAAGGAUGGACACAAAGUAAAACGAAUAAAAAAAAGAUAAUGCAUUUUUGUAACUUUGUUUACCAGCAUGACAACUUUGCAUGACUGUCUUUUCUGCAAGCCCUUAGUUGAAGACAAGGGUGCUAGAGAUACAAAAAAGUAUAUAUAAAACAAUUAAAAAAGUGUUAUAUGCAAUUAAUGUUUUAAAAAAAGAUUAUAAUGAAAGAGAAGAGCUAUAUUUUGUUUUGAAAAGUAAAAAAAUGUGAAUAUUGAAACAUGUAUGUUUGCAAAGUACACCCCAAACUAUGUUUUGUUUAAUGAAAUCUCUGCUAUUACUGCCCUACACUCUUCAUUCCAGUGUUUAGGAUCUCUGCCAUACUUUUAUUUGUAUUUUUUUUCAAUCAAAAGUCUUUGCCUGUAGCAUCUGUGCAAAGGACCUCUAUCGUUGUUGAGCACCAUGUUUCUUUGCACAACUUCCGUAGCAGAACAGCAGCAGUUCUAAAACAACAGCUCUCCAUAUCACAGUAGUUUGCUUUCUUUCUUUCUUUUUUUGAUUUGGCAAUAAUACUAGAGUUGUCACAUGACUGUAGCAGGUAAAAAAACAAAACAAAACGGAGAACCUCGAGUCCUUGAAGCAUCUUCAAAGCUCCAAAGGGUUUUUAAACGGGAUGGGAUAGGCAGUUCCGUUCCGCUUGAGUCGAAAAAUCAGUCAGAGAUUGAACCAACUGCCAUUCCAAAGGUUCGGUGUGGUUUAAGGACUCAGGUGUGCCAAUAGUGUGUGUGGAUGUAGGUGUUUUUUUGCCGUUUUUUUCUAUCAUAAUGAAUUCUAGUAUAUAGGCAACGAUAAUGUGAACACCUCACAGUGAUGUGUAAAAAACCGCAUGCAUUAUGACUUGAUAAUCUCUCUGAAGGGGGAACGGAGUCUUGACAUUUCCCCGUCAUUGUUUGUCAUGACCCUAGCCCCGCCCCUCCCGAUAACUAUAAACACUGUGCCGUGUCGUAUGUAGAGCAGAAACGUCUUCCUCCGAGAGGCAACUGAAAACUACUCACACUCGCCGUGUCAGCAUGAGUGUGUAGAGGUAGCUCGUCUUUGUUCCUUUAGAUGGUCUUUGCAUCACCGUUUUCUUUAGGGUUGCCGUCUCCUGCUGGCUAGCUCCUUGCCGUACACAAAAAAAAAAGCAAAUCAAAGAGACCCAGAGCUUCCAAAAUGAUGUCAGAUGAAGAUAGAUUGGAAUCGAGCAGUGUUUGGGAGUUUAAGACCCUGCUGGUCCAGGGCUCAGCUCCGGCAGCUGAACUACCAUUCCCAGUUCAUUUCAGCGGGAGGCUCACCAGAACACGAGAGUCAUUGUAAUAUAGACUUCUGACAGAUUAAUGUGCUGGUUUUACAGGGUCUGUAAACUUUUGUCGAUUGGCAGAAAACGGUUUUAUCUUUUGAAGCUUUCAGUUCCCAUUAAUGGAAGGCCUACGGAUGGUCACAGAGAUGUUCAUUUCAGAGGCACGAAUCGUGCUCCUUCACCCAGAUGUUUGUGCUUUUCCGGCCACGUAGUGUCUUUUUUCUAACAGCAUUCCCUCACUGUUAGGCCAGCCAUGUCUAUAUUCCUCCACUUAGCGACUGCUCUGCCAAUGUGAGACUGAAAAAAACGAAAAAAUACAAGAUGUCUUUCUUUUCCAAUGCAUAAUACUGCCAUUUGAUUUAGACACGUUAAAGGGAAUGGGUUACAAUGUUGAGAGUGCUAAGUCUGUUUUAUUGCAACCAAAAUGACAAGUAGGUCGCAAAGACAAUAGUUGUGACAUUUCCUCUGCAGGUUUUUUUCCUGUGAUUGUUCCCACUUACAUCCUGUUCAAUCUUGCCUGUUUAAUAUGUUUCCGUAUGAUCCUUUUUGUUGGGGAAAUUGUAUGCAAUCUGCACCACGAAUGCCGCUGAUUGACACUUACUGUAUCGCCGUGCAGCCAUCAGUUCAGAUGAUUGCAACCACACGCGUUAGUGGCGCUAUGGCUUUCCAUGGAAUUACCGAGCAAUCAGUCUUGUCUAAAGAUGAUUUAUUUUAACAAAUUAAUAUGACCAGAGUUAUUUUAGAGGAAAUUAUAUCAAAGUGAAGACAUUUUUCUAACAUACGAAGCGUUAUUUUCAUUAGAAAAGACAUCAAAUCUAUAUACCAUUUAAUGUUAUUUGCAUUAAUGUAAGCAUUCCAAAGAUUAAUUUUACAUGUAUAAAACAGACUUAAGUACUGGUUCAUUGUACUGUGGUCUUAGUAGGAGCGUGAAUGGGAAGAAGAGGAGGUCACUGGAGCAUCUAGUUGUGACUUAAGCCAGAUUUCAUUUUUGAAAUGUUGGAACACAAAGAACAACUCAUCAAGAACUGUAUAAAGUAUAUUUCAAUGGAAUGUUCAUUACUUAUCUUUUUAUAUUUUCAAGAAAAAAUAGAUACAUAUCAAUAAAGCAUCAUAAUUGAACAUAUUUCUACUAUUGAGACUUAAAAAUGUAUGAAUGUUAACACGAACUAAUGUGAACCAAUCUUCAUAGCAGCUUGAAGGAAUAACUGAUCAACAGUCGUGAGAUGCUUCUCUCAGACAUUAAAACUGCUUAAAAAUCAUUGACUAAAAAUAAAUGAAAAUUUAACCUUGA